AUUUCAUCCACAUCACCAUUUGCCCUUGUCCUACAUGGCCAAGGCGUAGUUCCACUGUCAAUGCUGAAUCGCGAUGUCUAGCAAUCGUGUAGAUGAUGACGCCGUGAUGCGAAAGCCGGAGAGUCAUCACCGGCCUCACCUCACAACACUCCCCGACGAAGUCAUUCAACACAUAUUGUCCUACUUACCUCCUUUGGCGACAAUCAAUUUGCAGUACACAUGCCGGCGCUUUGCCCAUGCGACCCGUGAACCACUCUUAUGGAAACAAUACUGUUCUCAGUACCGCAGGUGGGACAGCCGUCCACCCCACCUCCCCUACGAGGAACUGUUGAAGGAUCCGUCUUUCUACGGAUGGAAGCUGGUCUACGCCAGUCACCACAUUGCGUCCCGAUUGACACGGGAUGCUAUCGACAAGAUGGUGAACGAACCUGUCGGGCAUUUGGAUUUUGUCAAGGAGGUGCUCGAUGCGGGCAUCCAUGCCAAAGAUGAGCUCCGGAACCUGUAUCAGAAUGCGGCGUCUUCGCCAAACCACCUCGCACAAAAAUUCUGGUCUUCUGCCGCAUCUGGCUGUCUUAAUCGUUAUUUGGCCGUUCAGGAGUGGCUGGACGCCAAAGCCCAAGGUGACGAUAUUGACGACAAUGCCUUCGAACGGCCGAUUGCCGCUUUUGACCUCUUUGUCGUUGAGAUGCGGGAAGAGGGAGAUAUCGAAGAUAUCUACGAGAGGCUGGAUUCUUACGUAUCAUCGGUCCGCAAUGCUCAUCCUGAUAUUGACGACAUGUCACCGCGGACCAAGGCCAGAACCAUUGCCGCACACCUGUUACAGAACAACUGGGUUGGCAUACAAGGCAACCGCCACUACCACAGCCUGGACCACAUGUUUCUUGGGGUCGCCCUGUUCAGCGAAAACAGAAACUCGGUCCCGCUGAUCUCAGCUGUCAUCUACUGCUACGUUGCCCGCCACCUCGGUCUCCAGGCCGCGCCUUGCAGCUAUCCGUACCAUGUCCACGCACUGAUCCGGCCACCGGCGGGCAUGGAUCUGGACGGAAACCCUCUCCCUGACUCCUUUGAUCAUAACGACGGCCCGCACGAACUCACCCAUCUGUACAUGGACCCGUUCAACACAUCGGAACCCAUCUCGUACUCGGCCCUGGUGGAGCGGGCGCGCUUCGUCGCACCCAUGUCGUCGGCCUCCCAAAUAGAGUCGUACCUCUCGCCAUCGUCGCCCCUGGACCUCACCAUCCGCGCCUCCCACAACAUCUUGAUGGCGCCUCAUGAGUACCGAGGCGAACCGGCGUUCCCCGUCGACGUCAAGCUCGCCUACUACGCGGCCCUCUGCGCCGCCAUCAUCAUCCCGCGCGCCUCGGCCCAUGAUAUCGAAUCCAUUCGUCGGCACGUCACCGCCCUGACGCACCACGUUUGCCACUCCAUCGACCUCGACAUCCACCUUUUCGAAGCCUUCUUCCUGCGGUUGACCGCCGAGUUCCCGGACGCCGCAGCCUACCGCAGACUCAUCCGCCACAUCAAGGAGUCCGACCACGAGACUUUCCCGCCCCAACGCCGCUCCGACCCGCGCAACCGGGACGUCAAGUACCACGUCGGCCAGGUAUUUCGGCACCGCCUCCGCGGCUACAACGCCGUCAUCUACGGCUGGGACCCAUACUGCAACAUGGAAGAGUCCUGGAUCACGCAAAACGACGUCGACCGCCUGUCCAAGGGCCGGCACCAGCCCUUUUACAACGUCUUCGUGGACGACGGCUCGUCGCGGUACGUGGCCGAGGAGAACGUGGACGUCCUGUCGCCCGACCAGAUAACGGACCAGGUGGUGAACUCCUUCGGCAUCGACAUCGGGAAGUGGUUCAAGCGCUACGAUCCGGCCACGGGCACUUUUGUGAGCAACGUUCGCCAACGGUACCCUGAUGAUUGAUGACCGUUUUGGAUUAGAUGUUCCUAGACUAUGCAUUCCGUGCGAUUGGCGGGUUGAAAUUCGUCGUACGAGAGAGAGGGACGGCAUAGCAGUAGAGUUUGGUAGGGCGUUGGGAUUAUUCAGGUAGCUAUUCAGGUCUUGUGUGAGGUGGAUAGGAAUGACUGUGCACUUGGUAGUACUGGACACGAAUUAACUCGCAAUUGGAUACGAAUAGUGGACCCUUUAAAAUAUAUCCUAGGCUCUCUAUUUUUUUGUUUUAUACAAGAUUACCUAGCUACCAUACGC